AGGGCAAGUCCUGCAUUAAGUGCUUCAACUUAAUGAUUUCUGUAGAAACCUUACCAAAACACGCUUUGCAGAUCUGAGCUGUGAAUGCAAGGAUAAAGAGGAUUUUAUAUUCUGGAAAAGACUGCUGCCUUUCAUUUGUUCCUGGAGACUAGUCUGCGUGGAGUUCACCUUCCAGGCAAAAAUACCGGUCAAGAUGCUCCACAUGCAGGUUCCACAGAUGCUACAGAUGCUAGAAAAAUCCUUGAGGAAGAGCCUUCCUGAGUCUUUAAAGGUUUAUGGGACCAUCUUCCACAUGAACCAGGGAAACCCUUUCAAGCUGAAGGCUCUGGUGGACAAGUGGCCUGAUUUGAAUACAGUAGUUGUCUGCCCUCAGGAGCAGGAGAUGGUAGAUGACCUUGAUCACUACACAAAUAUUUACCAAAUCUACUCCAAGGAUCUCAAGAACUGUCAGGAAUUGCUUGGCUCACCAGAAGUCAUCAAUUGGAAACAGCAUUUGCAGAUUCAAAGUUCCCAAUCCAGCCUGAAUGAGGUGAUACAAAAUCUCGCAGCCAGGAAAUCCUUCAAAGUCAAGCACACAGAGCGCUUUCUCUAUGCGGAACUUGACACUGUAAAGAAACUGAUUCCUUCCUUGUUGGAUGUAAAGAACUUACCACCUGGUGGUGGCAAACCCAAGGCCAUCAAUCAAGAAAUGUUUAAACUCUCAUCCCUGGAUGUUACCCACGCUGCCCUGGUGGAUAAAUUCUGGCAUUUUGGUGGCAAUGAGAGGAGCCAGAAAUUCAUCGAGCGCUGUAUACAGACCUUCCCCACAUUCUGUCUGCUGGGGCCUGAGGGGAACCCUGUGUGCUGGGACCUGAUGGACCAGACAGGAGAGAUGCGGAUGGCAGGCACCCUGCCUGAGUACCGGAAGCAGGGCCUCAUCUCCUAUAUCAUCUAUAUCCAGAUCCAGGCUCUAAACAAUCUUGGCUUCCCCAUAUAUGGUCACAUUGCCAAGAAUAACAAAAUUAUGCAGAAAAUGAGUUCAUUUUUGCAUCAUAUCCUCUUGCCCUGUACUUGGAACCAGUGGAACUGUGUGCCUCUGUGACUGUUCUACAAACAAGUAUCAGAUAGGCCCCAACAUGUGGCUGGGGCAAUGGAUGGGUGGGCAGAAAGAAAGAAUAAGUUGUACAUAAUUGUAAUUAUCAAUAAA